AUGUGGCACCUCAAACUCUUUGCAGUGCUCAUGAUCUGCCUGCUGCUGUUGGCCGAGCUAGAUGGCUCCCCAACACCAGAACUCAGUUCAGCAAAGAGAAGGCCACGGAGAAUGACCCCAUUUUGGAGAGGGGUUUCCCUCAGGCCCAUCGGAGCCUCCUGCCGGGACGAGUCUGAGUGUAUCACACGGCUAUGCAGAAAAAGACGCUGUUCCCUAAGUGUGGCCCAGGAAUGAUGUACAUACCAGGGGAAGAAAGAACAGCGGUCACCUCCAACAAUGCUCCGUUCUAUGGAAUAUUGACUAACUGCAUUUUGGCUGGAGACACAUAAGUGAAGC